CCGGGCCCAGCGCCCGGCCCUCCGCAGCGCGCAGCCAGCCCCGGUGGGGACAGAGGAACUGCCGGCAACAGCCACCACUUAGUGCGUGGUGCUUCCUAGUUUUGCAAAGCACUCUCACUCACACUUAACAUCUGAGCCUCGAGCGGCCCAGCCCUGAGAUUGUCCCUCUAUCCUGAAGAGGCAUCUGAGGCCCAGGAGCCUGUUCAUUUCCUCCCACUAGGCCUCAGUGUCUUGAGAGGAGGCCUUAUUCCUCUUUCCCUGGAAUCUUAAGCACAGUGCCUGCCGCUAGUGGGCCCAAGUAUCUGCCCAGUGCCUCGGAGACCUCCUCUGAGUCCCAUGGACAGUAAUGGCAUGACCUGUGCUUCUCUCAGAACUGUCCCACUGUGUGGUGCUCUUUCUGAGCUCAUCCUUGUGCAAACUGCUGCAACCACAGCUAGAAGGGGCCAGGGCCAUGGGUAGGAGCUGUGUGGGGGUGGGGGUGGGGUGUUUCAAAGCCCAGGCCCCAGUGUGAGACCCUGCCACAGUUUGUAAAUCACCAGGGAAGAUGAGAGAUAUACGUAGAGACAUAUGGCAUCUAGACAUGAAUCAGUGCAGGGCACAUGGCAAACCUCACUGUGGGGCCUAAUCCGUAGCCCCUGAAACAGUUCCUGGGAAUCUUAGCCCCUUUCUGAAAUGGAAGUCUGAAUGCAAAGAGGGCUACAUUGCAGAGCAAGACAGCCGCGACCCCCGGCACACAAGGGCCAACUCCCUGGAGAGCUCGACCGUUUGAGGCGUGCACCAGAUGAGGUGCUACUGAUCCAGGAGGCCAAGAAAGAGUGCCGUGGGUCUUGGUACCUACCCGCAGGGAGAAUGGAGCCUGGGGAGACCAUCGUGGAGGCACUGCAAAGGGAGGUGAAGGAGGAGGCCGGGCUGCACUGUGAGCCUCUGACAUUGCUGUCUGUGGAGGAGCGGGGCCCCUCCUGGAUCCGCUUUGUGUUCCUCGCUCGAGCCACGGGUGGAAUUCUGAAGACUUCCAAGGAGGCGGAUGCAGAGUCCCUGCAGGCUGGCUGGUACCCACGAACCUCCCUACCCACUCCACUGCGAGCUCAGGACAUUCUGCACCUGGUAGAGCUGGCUGCCCAGUACCGGCAGCAAGCCAGGCACCCUCUUCUUCUGCCCCAGGAGCUUCCCUGCAGUCUGGUCUGCCAGCGGCUCGUGGCCACCUUUACAAGCGUCCAGACAGUGUGGGUGUUGGUGGGCAGAGGGGGGAUGCCUCACUUGCCCAUCACUGCCUGCGGCUUCACUCCCAUGGAGCAAAGGGGUGGCAUCAAGAUGGCCAUCCUGCGGCUGCUACAGGAGUGCCUCACCCUGCACCACUUGGCGGUGGAGACCAAGGGGUUGCUUGGACUGCAGCACCUGGGCAAAGACAAUGCAGAUGGCAUCUGCUUGAAUAUGCUGGUGACUGUGGCUUUUCGGAACCCAGGGAUGCAGAGUGAGCCCCCAAAGGUUCGGGGUGAGAACUUUUUCUGGUGGAAGGUGAUGGAGGAAGACCUACAAAGCCAGCUCUUACAGAGGCUUCAGGAAUCAUCUGUUGUCCCAGUCAACAGAUAGGAAGGUGCCAUCGUUGUGCAAGGAGCUGGGCACAUGUGCCCCCCACCCCACCGUAGCCCUGCCUUCCUUUGGGGAGGCAGGAGGUUGGCAGUCAGGGGUCUUGUUGCAUUGGGAGCAGGUGAUUCUCCUAGUUCUAAGGGUAAUUUCCUUCUCUGUGGAAUAGGUCCCUACAGUGCACCGAAAGGACAGUGCCUUUAACCAAGCAAGAAGGUCAGAGCUCAAGGAUCUAAUUGCCCUAUGGGCAAAAUGAGGGCACUACUCCCUAAGGGGAUGUGGGAAAUUUCUGAACCUGAGAGGGCAUCUAUCUACUCAUCAUUUUCCAUGCUUGCCUCAGUAAAGGCCUACACCUGGAUUCUCAUACACUUAGAACACGGACUUGGGGUGCUGGGGGAGAUUGUUCCAAGGGAGUGGGCUCCAUGCUGAGUAAAUAGGUGGUUCUUGCUUUGC